AUGCUUCCUGAGCCAGCCUUAUCCUUCACGAUUCCUAGCAUUCAUGACGGUUCGACAACGCUCGAAUGCCGCAUCUACCAUCCCCACUCCCUGACGCCCAACCCCCGCGCCCCGCCGUGGCGCAAGCACGCCGCCGUCGUCGCACAUCCUUAUGCGCCUCUAGGUGGGUGCUAUGACGAUGCGGUCGUCGAGACGGUGGCAGCAGUCCUGUUGAGACAGGGAUUCGUAGUGGGCACAUUCAACUUCCGCGGGGCGGGGAAGUCCACUGGCAGGACCUCGUGGACUUCCAAGGCCGAGAGGAGCGAUUACAUGUCUUUUGCCGCAUUUGUGUACUACUAUGUGCAUUACUUGGACCCGUUCAAGCCACAGGGUGAGCUCACAGACGUCCCGGUCUUUCUCUUGUGUGGGUAUUCCUACGGCGCCAUGAUCACCAAGCUCCUCCCAACUCUCGAUGCCACCCUCGAGCCCUUUAUCGCCCCAAAAGUAGCCUCCGCGGCAGCAGACAUACGGCUGCGGGCCCAGCACCUUGCAGAGAAACAGAACCUCAUUCUGGGCAGUGCGCGUGUAGUGCUCACAGAGGGCCCCAUGUCGCCCAGAAAGGCAGCGUUUGGGAUGCGGGUGGGCGGGGACGAGGACCAGCGCCGGAGCCAGGAGCACAGUCGCCGUAGCUUUUCCGCCGACACCGAAGAAAAGAUACGCAAGGGCGUGGCGGACCUUAUGCAGAAGGCAAAGAGUCACCAGCUCCAUCAUCACAAAAAGAAGAAUGCGGAGCAAAAGAGUGACGGCACGCCAGCGGCUUCCAAGGAUGCAGGAGCCGAGGAGCACAAGGUAGCAGACAGUCUGCCACCAGUCAAUGGGUUGAUCACGCCGCGGGUGGCCUACCUGUUGGUGUCUCCGCCUGUCGGGUGGGCUACCAGCCUGAUGACUAUGAACCUUGGUGGCCUCUUUGGGAAGCACACGAAGCCAUCCAAGACUAAAGAUCAACAGAAGCUGAUAGAAAACCCCACUCUCGCUGUGUACGGCGACGCUGACGUCUUCGUCGCCGUAAAGAAGUUUCGAGAGUGGACAUCAAAGCUGCAGUCUGCCCCUGGAUCCAUGUUCAGAGCACACGAGGUGUCGACGGCAGGUCACUUUUAUAUCGAAGAGGGCACGAUGCAGAGGCUUGCAGAUGCGGUGAGAGAAUUUUCGGGGGAGUUACUAGGCAGCGCCACCCAACGGCUUGAUGGAUGA